AUGGACCUGCGGCGAUGGACCGACAACGAUGGUCCGGGGACAAUGGGCCGAAGUGAUGCUGUCAAACUGGAGAUUGUUGUGGCGUUCAUCGUAUUAAUAAUUUCUUCAAUUUGGGAUGUGAAUUAUAAUUUGCACGAGAAUUUGGGGGGAAUGCAGCAGAAGCAUGAUUCUGGAGCAGCGUUACACAGAUGGGGAAAUAAUAUCAGGGAUAUUGUCAUAAAGGAGCCUAAACGAAGGGUUCGUUUCACUGCUAACCUCCCCAAGCUCAACGAUGAUGCUGGUGCUAUGCCCCGUACCAAUCAGCAACUAACUGACCUCAAAAUACCCUUCCAUGUCAUAAACGAUUGUACCCAAGAAUUCAGUGAAAGAAACUUCAUUAGGAAGGGUGGUUAUGGAAAGGAAGCCUUGAAAAUCCAAAUAAAUGAUGUAUAA